CCCGGACCCCGCAUUCACUAUAUCCGCUCUCCCCGGAUCCCGCAUUCACUAUAUCCGCUCUCCCCGGACCCCGCAUUCACUAUAUCCCCUCUCCCCGGACCCCGCAUUCACUAUAUCCGCUCUCCCCGGACCCCGCAUUCACUAUAUCCGCUCUCCCCGGACCCCGCAUUCACUAUAUCCGCUCUCCCCGGACCCCGCAUUCACUAUAGCCGCUCUCCCCGGACCCCGCAUUCACUAUAUCCGCUCUCCCCGGACCCCGCAUUCACUAGAUCAGCUCUCCCCGGACCCCGCAUUCACUAUAUCUGGUCUCCCCGGACCCCGCAUUCACUAUAUCCGCUCUCCCCGGACCCCGCAUUCACUAUAUCCGCUCUCCCCGGACCC